AUGGAUAGAGUAAGAGCAAUCAUUGGUAAUCGUCGAAGAAAUGAUAAUGCACACAGUUCUGCUACUGAUCCUUAUGAUGUAGGUACACAGGGAGGAAGAGUGGAAUCAUCCCAAGAUAUGCCAUUUCAUGCACCUGAUGAUGAUCAAAUAACUAUGUUUGAAUCUGAAAAUGGCAUGAAUGAUGCUGAAGAUGACGACAAUGUUACAUUCGUUUCAGAUACCUCUACGAUAGGUGAUUUACAAAGACGAGGGUUCGUGAAUAGGUGUCCUCAAUUCGAUAGUAGGAGAUCCAUACCAUUAACGUCAAUCGUACUUGCUAGAGGAUUUUAUGCAUUCCCUAGUGAGAAAUCAUUCAAGAUAUACUUGCAUAAUAAGAGGAAAUUUGAUAAUAUUAAUUUGAAAGACGGCCUGGGGAUACCUCUAUUCCAUUUAAUCCCAUCAAAUGUAAUGAAGUCAAUUUUUUCCAAUAAAUCAACUCCAGUAAUGAAAAUAUAUAAAUACAUUAUAAUGACAAAGGAAGACCUGGCGAAGGAAGAAGAAAUUUUCCAAAAUGAUAUUUCGACAAGUAACUUGUCAUUGAAUGAGAAAUUAAAUGAACAAGAUGAAUCCAAGAUACGGCAUCCUAGAGAAGAAAUAUUUAAAGCUAAAGAUGAUUCUUUCACGAUUUUCAAAAUUGAAUUCUGUACCGUGUACAGAGAAAUUGUGCACUAUAAUCAAUGUAAACAUAAUUUUGUGUUCUAUGAAGAGUUCCAAAAUAUUCCAAUGAUUAAUUAUUCUCAAAGGAAACAUAGUGAUACUGUUGUAUCAGGGAUGAAUCUUCGAUGGUAUGGUACCACUGGGUUUGCAUCACCGUUUGGUUCAACAAAUUUUAAAUUAUUAGUUCUUGACGAUGGAUUCCCAUCGUAUAUGACUUCUUCUAAUAUCGAAGAAUAUGAUGAACAAGUUAGGACAUCGACUACGGGAAGGAGACCGCUCGGUUUUAUGCCUGUUUGGGCGAAAUAUUCAGAUGAAAAGGCUACUGUACUACCAAAAAAAAGAACCCUGAGGUUAGCAAAUCUAGAUAUUCGUGAAAUGUCGAAUGAUACAGAUAUUGAAAAUAACCCUGAUUUAAGAAAUGGAAUUUUAAAUGUACCUUGGGAAACACAGAUUUUAACUUGUAUGUGCAUGGUACUACACGAAUAUGAAUCUAGAAAGGAUAAGCGUCAUAGUGGAGCCGUAAAUAAUACGUUUAUGGGCCCUUUAUAUAUGUAA